AUGAUUACCAGCAAACAAGAUUCUCAAAGCACCACCAAUGUUGCUCAGUCUGACAACAACAACCACUCAUCAAACACUCCUUCAUCAUCAAUGCCAACAGUUGAUUCAUGGAAGUUGCUCGAACAACGACCUGUUGUUGAGUCCAAAUGGGUGUCGGUCUAUUCAGAACGGCUCGAUAUCGGCAACGGAAUCAUCAUUGAUCCAUUCUAUUCUAUAAGGUAUCAAAAUUGGUGUCUUGUUAUUGCCAUAACUCCCUCUAAACAUGUGCUAAUUAACCAACAAUAUCGGAGAGGAUGCAAUUGUAUCGCACGAGAAUUUGUAACAGGAGCAAGAGAAGAAAAUGAAGAACCCAAGGAGGCCGCCUUAAGAGAAUUGUUGGAAGAAACAGGGUACGAGUUGCUGAAUGGAGAUGUUGAUAAAGAUGUUAUCCAAUUGGGUUCUCCUCUUUACGAGGAUGCCAAUAGGAAUUCAUGUGUUUGUCAUGCCUUUUUAGCAAUGGUAAAAGAAGAACCAACUCACAAGCAAGAUCUAGAUCCCUAUGAACAAAUUAUUGUUUCCAAAGUAAGCCUUAGUCAAGUACGCCGAUGGUGCGAUGACGGAACUAUUAAAAGUGGCAUGCACAUUACCAUGUUCUUUAGAUGCCUCAGCAUGUUGCAUCGUAUGGAAAUUGUGGAUGCAACACCAAUCAUGUUAGGUGAAGAGGAUCUUUAG